AUGAAUGUUCGGGCUAGCUUACGAGGACUUCCAUUACAAUUGAGGAAAGAAAACUUAUCUUUAGGAUGUCAUGAAACGUACGUUAUGCAACGGCCUGAGACUGAAAUUGGUGUAGAUAUUGAUAAAGUUGAAACUCUAAUAUCAUUCAAAAAGCAAGGAGCUCAUCUUGUACCUGCUUCUUUCGAGGAUUACAAGAGCCUCGUGGAGGCUGUGAAGCUGGUCGACAUCGUAAUCUGUGCAGUUUCCGGCGUACAUAUUCGGAGUCACAGUAUUUUGCUUCAACUCAAGCUUGUUGAAGCUAUCAAAGAGGCUGGAAAUGUAAAGAGAUAUAUACCAUCUGAGUUUGGUAUGGAUGCUGCAAAAAUGAAGAAUGCAAUGGAACCUGGAAAGGUGGCAUUUGAUGACAAGAUGGUGGUGAGGAAAGCAAUUGAAGAGGCUGGAAUUCCAUUCACUUGUGUCUCUGCAAACUGUAUUGCGGCCUAUUGGCUGGGAGGCCUAUGUCAAUUUGGAAAAAUCCUUCCUCCUAGAGAUCAUGUCAUCAUACAUGGAAAUGGCAACCUAAAGGGAAUAUAUGUGAAUGAAGAUGAUAUAGCAACCUAUACUAUAAAAACAAUUGAAGACCCCAGAACCCUCAACAAGAUAAUCUACAUUAGUCCUCCUAAAAACAUUCUUUCCCAAAGAGAAGUUGUGCAGAAAUGGGAGAAGCUUAUUGGGAAAGAACUUCACAAGAUUACUCUCUCUAAGGAUGAUUUCUUAGCCUCCAAAAAAGUGCUUGACUAUGGUCAGCAAGUAGGAUUAAGCCAUUAUCAUGAUAUUUUGUAUGAAGGAUUCCUUACCAGUUUGAAGAUAGGAGAUGAAGAAGAGGCAUCUAAACUCUAUCCAGAGGUUAAGUACACUACUGUGGAUGAGUACCUCAAGCAAUAUGUAUAAUUGAAAUGAAAUUAUAAUUGUAAUAAAUUAUAUAUGUGAUCCAAGAACAUUAAUUUGCCUUUUAUUUUUGAAUGCUAACUAUUUUAAUAAAUUAUAUACAGAGUAUUCAUAUUA